AUGGGUCGCAUGACGCGCAAGCAGGCCGCUGAGAUUGCUGAGCAACUGCACGUCGACGAAGAUGCCCUUCUUGAGAUCCCUGGCGAAGAGGCUGCUGUUUUCGCAAAGACGAGCGUUAAGGGCGCAACUCCAGAGCCUACUGAACGACAGCCCCUUGGCGAGAUCGCACCUAACAGUGCCGAAAGCAAGAGCCAGCAGGAAGAUGAAGGACAAGAGCUAAGGAAAUCUAUUCGCGGGAAGAAAUGUAAGAAGGGCGGUGCGAAGGGCAAGAAUAAUGAUCUUGCGGUGAGCACUGCGACUGAGCAGGAUGUGUCGAUUGAGCACGUUAGCCAAGACGUUCUACCCGACGAACACGAGUCUGCACCGUCGCCAGCCAGCGAAAAGGCAGCGGAAGACUUGAUGGCAGAGGUUCCUGAGCUUGCGAUUCAGGAUACAUCACGUCCAACCAGUCCACCCAGCCCAGCUGUCAAACUCACCAGAAGCCAACUCAAGAGACGGGCGGAAGAAGAAACCGAACCAAAAUCUCUAAUCGACGGCAUUGGCCAGACACCUGAUGAGUCUGAAACUAUGAAAGAGGAGACACCACAAGACAGCCUCACCGCUGCUGAGACAAACCAGUCGAUCGAUCCAAUGCUUGAAGUAGAGUCGCCUUCCGCCUUCGACGCACCAACAUCACCUCUACCAAGCGCUGUACCCAACUUCAUCAAACACCUUCGCAACGAAACAUCGGGAAAGCGAUCAACUAGCAACAAGGAGAACGUCGAGCCAGAAGAGCCAAUGGCUACUCCCCAAACACCCAACUACGAUGAGCUAGAGAACGCGGUGGUGUCAACGACUGGUACGCCGUCAAGAUCAUCACAGCUAACGCCGGUCACCCAUGACCCAGUCAUUGCUCUGGAUCAGCUUGACGAUGCAGUAGAGACUGUCAACAAGGACAUCCCAGAAGUGCAAACGUCGCCCGAGAAGCCGAAGAAGAGCACAACACCACCGAAGAAGGCGGCGCCAGUUGUCCGCACGACCAAGGCUGCUGCUGCGCGCAUCUCAAUGGCUCACAACAAAGAUACUGCUUCGAAAGGGCCAACACUCGGACGACCACAACCAUCAAUGGCGCUUGGCAGAUCCAGCAGCUUGCGUGAGAGCUCUUCCGUCAGACCGGUGCCAACUGGCAAGCGUGUCACAUCGACCAGUAGUACGAAGGACGACAAGGCACCGGAGUGCGAGAAGAAGGAAGUCGUGAUCCCACACAGCAAGACACGCCCCAUCUCCAUGUCUUUUCCAACACCUCCACCACCGCCAAAGUCCAGGAAGGCUCCCACGCAGAGCACCUUUCAGCUCCCUGGAGAAGCAGUCGCGGCGAAGCUCAAAGCAGCUCGCGAAGCACGGCAGCAGAAGGAAGCACAGGAAGAGGAGAAGAAGCCAGCGUUCAAAGCCAGACCGGUGCCUGCUGGGCUGAGCAAGGCACCCUCAGUCCGCCAAACCAAUGCCAGCAAAGCUCGUGAGAGUGUGAUGAACGGCAAGGACUUCAAGAUGCUCACCACAGCAGCAUCAGCGGCGCACAAGCGCGCGAAUAGUGUCGCCACCACCAAGCCAACCGCUACAACCUCCCGCGUCGUCUCAAGAGAAACGAAGCCCACGACCGCCUCCAUGACCACUCGUCCCCGCCCCUCAACCUCCCUGGCCAACCUCAGCAAGCCGCGCUCUUCCACCGGUCCCGCGGCUACCACCACCACAACCCAGCGCGUCACGAGCAGCGGCAGCGCCACGGGCAAAGGCACGACCAAAGGCAAAGAAGUCUUCAACCGCGCGGCCGUGGCGAAAGCGAACGCGGACAAGGAGAAAGCCGAGCGCGAGGCUGCUGUGAAGAAGGCAAAGGCCGAUGCGGCGGAGAGGAGUCGACAGGCUAGUAGGGAGUUUGCUGAGAAGCAGAGGGCGAGGAAGGCAGCUGCUGCGGCGGGUAAGCAGGCGGUGGGGUUGGGUGGGGUUGCUGAGACUGCGUGA